AUGUCGACCAAUCGUGUUCUCAAGAUAACUGUCGUCAAUGACCUGGUUUGCCCGAACUGCUACAUAGGCCAUCAUGAACUACUCAGCGCCGUCUCCUACUGCAGAGCUGUGCUCCGGCUUCCACUGACCUUCGAUAUCGAGUUCAGACCGUUCCAGCUCAUUCCUCGUAGCAUCCUCAACGAAAACACACCCAAAAUUAGCAGAGCCGCCUUUUUCACUCAACAUUUGGGCAAGGAUGCGUUUGAGAGCUUUGCGGAGCAUUCUGUUCUGAAGUGGGCAGAAGAACGGAAAAUUAAUAUCACGUUCGAUGGCGUCGUCUCCGCAUCUACGAGAGCCCACCGGAUGUCAAGGAAAGCGUAUCACCUCGGCGGCCAGAACCUACAACUUCCUUUCCUCUGUGGUGUAUUCAAAGCAUAUCUCGACCAAGGCCAAGACAUCGCCGAUGUCCACGUCCUUGCUCAAAUUGCUGAGACCGUCAAUAUUAUGCCCAAGGAGCAGGCCAUCGAAUUCCUCCUGUCCGAUGAACUUGAAGACGAGGUAAACAAGCUAUGUGAAGAAGCGAAGACCAGAGGGUUAAAUGGUGUUCCGGCCAUAAUUAUCGAUGGAAGGUGGCAGAUAAAUGGCGGUCAGUCCUCAGAGGUUUUUGUCAGGAUAUUCAAGAAACUUGCUGACUGCGGUUCUCCAUCUGCCGCGCCUUCGCCUUUCGCUCCUAUGCUCGAAAACGACAUCACUCAUGCUGCAAUUGUUGUUUAA